UGCAACUCUCCACCAAUAUAAUUCUCAACCAAAAAAAGAAGGUAGUUGAUCAUAAGCUAUGGCGUCAAUGGCAGGGCUAUGUGGUUCCUCUCAAGCUGUGUUGGAAGGUAGCCUUCAAAUCAGUGGCUCUACCCGCUUGAGUGUGGCUGGCAGCAGCAGCAGCAGCAGGCUCUCUGUCCCCCGCUCUGGUUUGAUGAUCAGAGCCCAGCAAGUGCCUAUUGAGCCCGAGACCACCCGCAGGUCCGUCCUUGGCUUGGUGGCCGCCGGUCUCGCCUCCGGCUCUUUCGUUCAAGCCGUUCUCGCUGAUGCUAAGCCCAUCAAGCUCGGUCCCCCGCCCCCUCCCUCUGGUGGACUCCCUGGGACUUUGAACUCGGACCAGCCACGAGACUUGGACCUGCCCUUAAAGGAGCGAUUCUUCCUGCAACCACAAAGUCCAGAAUUGGCCGUAGCCAGGGCGAAAGAAUCAGCCAAGGAUAUCAUCAAUGUAAAGGGUUCGAUAGACAAGAAGGCAUGGCCGUUCGUUCGAGACGACCUUCGUCUCAAGGCAGAGUAUCUCCGUUAUGAUCUCAAGACAAUCAUCUCUGCCAAGCCUAAGGAAGAGAAGCAAGCCCUUAAGGACCUCACAGGAAAGCUCUUCCAAGACAUCAACAAUUUGGACUAUGCAGCAAAGAUUAAGAGCAGCUCAGAAGCAGAGAAGUAUUAUGCUCAGACAGUGUCGACCCUCAACGAUGUCCUAUCCAAGCUCGGUUAGAAGAAUAGCGUUUGCUGUUCAUGUGAUGUAAGAUUGUUUUGUGAACAUAUGCGAAUGUUAUAUCAACUCAAUUUGGUUUCAACUCUCAGCUCAAUCUCAUUUCAAGUUCU